UUUAGUUCAACGGCCUUGAUAUUAUUCAUCCUGCUCUUCUGUGUUCAAUCCUCACACUCCAGAUUUUAUGGAACGCGACAGAAAAGACAAUAUGGCGCUAAUAUGUACUUACCAGCGAGUUACAUUGUGCCCGGCGGCGAGGGUGAUGAUGCUGAUGAAUGGACUGACUGGAGCUCACCAUCAGAGUGUUCACGCUCAUGCGGUGGCGGCGUAUCAUUUCAAACGCGCGACUGUCGAAGACUUGCACCCAAUGGGGCGCCGCUUUGCAGGGGUGGCAAUCGCAAGUACUUCUCCUGCAAUACCCAAGACUGCCCCGAAGAGGAGCCCGACUUUAGAUCGCAGCAAUGUGCGCGCUUCAAUCGUGUACCCUUCGAUGGCGUGACCUAUGAAUGGGUGCCAUACACGAACGCACCCAAUCCGUGUGAGCUGAAUUGUAUGCCGGUGGGCGAGCGUUUCUACUAUCGCCAGAAGGCGAAGGUCAUCGAUGGUACACGCUGCAAUGACCGUGAACUUGAUGUGUGCGUGGACGGCGAAUGUCAGCCGGUGGGUUGUGAUAUGAUGCUGGGCUCGAAUGCGAAGGAGGACAAGUGCCGCAAAUGCGGUGGAGAUGGCAGCACGUGCCACACGAUAGCGAAUACUUUCACUGCCAACAACUAUCCAGUUGGAUACAAUGACAUCGUACUCAUUCCCGAUGGCGCCACCAAUAUACGCGUGCAGGAGACUGCACCCUCGAACAACUAUUUGGCCUGCCGCAACUCAUCCGGACAUUACUACUUGAACGGAAAUUGGCGCAUUGAUUUCCCGCGCCCAAUGUUCUACGCGGGCUGCUGGUGGAAUUAUCAAAGAAAGCCGGCAGGUUUUGCCGCACCCGACCAACUGACGUGCAGUGGCCCGACAACGGAGUCAAUUACAAUCAUGAUGUUGGUGCAAGAUAAGAAUGUGAGCAUAGAUUAUGAGUACAGCAUACCAGAAACGAUACACAAUGCACCGCCAGUGGAGUACUCGUGGACACACAUGGAAUUCGAGCCGUGCAGUGUGCCCUGCGGCGGCGGUACACAGUCUCGUACGGUGACCUGCAACAACCGCAUGACUCUCGAAGAGGUUGAUCCCAAUUUGUGUGAUGCCAGCGCUAAGCCAGACGAGGAGCAAGCAUGUGGCGAAAGCCCAUGCGCACCCCACUGGGUCGAAGGUGAGUGGGGAAAAUGCUCGAAGGGCUGCGGAGCCGAUGGUGUUCAGAAUAGGACAGUUAGCUGUGAACGUAUCUCGCCAAAUGGUGACCGCACAGCAGAAGAAGACUCAGUUUGCCUGAAAGAAGUGGGCAAUAAACCAGCCACACAACAAGAGUGUAAUAGAGAUGUGAAGAACUGCCCUAAAUAUCACUUGGGACCUUGGGCGCCGUGCGACAAAUUGUGCGGCGAAGGUAAGCAGAAACGGAAAGUGACUUGCUAUAUUGAAGAGAACGGCCGUAAGCGUAUACUGCCCGAAGAAGACUGUGUGGAAGAGAAACCACCGACUGAGAAGGAAUGCAUGUUGGCUCCUUGUGAGGGUGUGGAUUGGAUUAUUUCCGAAUGGAGUGGGUGCGAUGAAUGUGGACAAAAGACGGAAACACGCACUGCCAUUUGCGCAACCAAAUCAGGCAAAAUUUAUCCUGAAGAAUUCUGUGCGCCCGAAGUACCUGCACUGUCGCGACCAUGCGAAUCGUCGAAAUGUAAGCCAAAAUGGUUCACCUCGGAGUGGAGUACGUGCUCUGCCGCGUGUGGCAAGGGCGUACAAUCCCGUAUCGUUAUAUGUGGAGAGUUCGAUGGUAAAAGUAUAAAACCUGCUGAAGACUCCAAAUGUGAAGCCACAGCGAAGCCAGAAAGUGAGCAAGAGUGUGAAGGCGAAGAAAAGGAGUGUCCUGGUCAGUGGUUUACUGGACCUUGGGAGCCAUGUAGUAAACCAUGCGGCGGCGGCGAACGUAAGCGUGAAGUUUUGUGCUUGGCAAAUGGCACAAAGUCGCUCAACUGCGAUGAAUCUAAAAUUGAAUCGCUUUCUGAAAAGUGCAAUACACAAGCCUGUACUGAGGAUGAACUUAUACCAGUUGAUAGUACGGCGGCGCCGAUAGCGGAAGAUGCGAGCGAGGAAGAAGAGUGUGACGAGGAUGAUGAGGGAUUGGAUUUGGAAACAAAGGAGGACCUGAAGAUCUCCGACGGCAUUGAGUUGGAUGAAGAGCCUACUACUUUGUCAUCGCUGAUUACUGAUGAACUAAUGCUAAGCGAUUCACCGUCUACAGGAGAAUCGAGUGAAGUUACUUCUACAGACAUUCCAUAUAGUACCGUUGAGGGAUCUGGCGAAGAAACGGAUAUCACUGAGGAAACUACACUUGUGAGCGAAGGAAGUGGUGAUGAAUCCAGUGCGACUACCGGAAUUUCGGAUACCACUGAAUCUGGUUCAACUGAGGUAUCUUCAUCUGAGCAAACGCCCGAGGGAUCAUCUGUUGAAACAAGUGCGUCGCCUGUAUCUACAGAUUCAACUGAAACUUCACAAUCACCAGAAUCUACCGAAUCCACUGAGCCGGGUACUACCGAUGUUUCCACAUCUACCGAUAUUACUGAGACUACGGAGUCUCCUCAGUCGACAGAGUCAUCUGCAUCACCCGAGUCGACAGAAUCGACUGCAUCGGAAGCAACCGAUGAGUCUAGCUCAACGGAAGUUUCAGCUUCAACGGACUCUACCGUAUCUCCCGAAUCGACAGAAUCCUCAGCUUCACCUGAAACUACGGAAUCACCUGUUUCCACUGAGUCUACAGUUAGUUCUUCAGAUGUCACCGGUUUGUCUGAGUCGACCACGGAAUCAAGUGAUACGACAGGAUCUUCAGAAUCCACCGAAUCGUUGGCCACAGAUUCCACGCAAUCGACAGAUUCUACGGAGUCUGUGUCUACUGACACGACUGACUCAACUGAGUCUACCUCUACUGACACUACAGAGACUACCUCCACUGACACUACAGAGUCUACCUCUACUGACACUACAGAGUCAACAGUUUCUUCAUCCACAGACAUAACAGAAUCAACUAGCGAACAUUCCACGGAAUCAACCGACUCUACAGAAUCGUCAGUGUCAGCUGAUUCUACAACAGGCUCCCCUCUAUCUACAGACUCAACAGAAAGUACGACUGAUUCCUCGGAAACAACUGAUACUACUACCGAUGUUUCAACUGACUCCACAGUUACUGGAUCGGAUGUCACCACAGAUUCAACUGGUUCUGAAGCGACAGAUUCCUCAUCAGACAUUUCCGAUAUUACAGAAACAACUGACGCCAGCUCAGAUUCCUCUCUUAGUACCACUGAUUCUGGUAUAUCGGAAACCACAGAUGACACGGAUUCAACAGUAACCGGCGAAAGUGACGAAACCACAGUGUCGUCGAGUGAUGUUACCGAAACCUCGGGAUCUACCGAUGUUUCAGAAUCAACCACUCUGGGCUUAACUGAGGAAAGCACAACUGAGGGAUCGACUGAGCCAACAACGGAAGGAGUAUCAUCUGAGUCAACAUCCGAAAUUAGUUCAACAGAAGCAUCUACUUUCAGUACUGAGACUAGUGAAAGUACAGAAUCUUCAUCGUCAACUGAUGUAUCGGAAACUACAGAAAUUGGAUCAACUGAAAACACUGAGACUACAGAAAGUAGUCCCACUGAAAGCACAGAAACUACAGAGAGUGGGGCCACUGAUGAAACGACCAUCGAAGGAUCAGGUUCAACGGUUGAUAUUUGGUCUACUACAGAAGAAGGUGAAGACAGCACGCCUUACACGCUUGAAGCGCUUCUCACCAAAUCUCCUAAGCAAAAGAAAUGUAAGGCCAAGAAGGAUUGCAGAAAAGCAGCAUAUGGUUGCUGUCCGGAUAAGAAAACGCCAGCCAAGGGUCCAUUCGAUGAGGGUUGUCCUAUUGUUAAGACCUGCGCUGAAACCAAGUACGGAUGUUGCUCGGACGGUGUUUCACCAGCCGAUGGCGCCAACAAUGAAGGCUGUCCGAAAUCACAGUGCGCUGAGACAUUGUUCGGAUGUUGCCCAGACAACUACACGCCCGCUGAGGGAGAGGACCAUGAAGGCUGUCCUGAAACGACGACUGCACCACCAACUACGACUGUUGAAGAGGUUACAGAGGGAUCUGGAGAAACAACCGAAACACCGGAAAGUGCAAUAUCACCAGAAAGCACAGAAAUUCCAGAAAGCACUAUUGAGCCAGAAAGAGAGGUGGUCAAAUCGUGCUCCUUCGGAGAAUUCGGUUGCUGUCCAGAUGGCACCACCGAAGCUAAAGGCAAAGAUUUCGAAGGUUGUGAACCAGCAGCACCAGAUACCAGAUCGUGUGCACAAACACCAAAUGGUUGCUGCCCAGAUGGCCGCUCUGCUGCUGCAGGCCCUAAUUACGAGGGUUGCGCCCCAUGCACACAAGAGCCAUUCGGUUGUUGUCCAGACAAUCAGACCCCUGCUCACGGACCACUGGGUGAGGGUUGUUGUCUGAACGCGCCAUACGGUUGUUGCCCGGACAAUAUUAACGCUGCACGUGGACCAAACUUUGAGGACUGCGACUGCAAGUACACACCAUAUGGAUGCUGUCCCGAUCAGAAGACGGCAGCACGUGGACCCGACAGUGAAGGCUGUGAUUGUGAGAAAACGCCCCACGGUUGUUGCCCAGAUAAAAUCACGCCUGCAAGUGGACCGAAAUUUGAGGGAUGCGCAUGCCAUACGCUACAAUUCGGUUGCUGUCCCGAUGGCCUUACAAUUGCACAGGGACCACACCACUAUGGCUGCCACUGCUCACAAACCGAAUUCAAAUGUUGCCCCGAUGAGAAAACGCCUGCCAAGGGACCGAAUGGUGAGGGCUGUACUUGUUUGGAGAGCAAAUAUGGCUGCUGUCCUGAUGGUGUUACAGCGGCGGAAGGUGAGAAGUUCGAAGGCUGCGCAUCGGUUAAGGAACCGCCACAAAAGGCAUGCGGUCUGCCAAAGGUUACUGGACCAUGUGGUAACUUCAGCAUCAAGUACUUCUUUGACACUUCGUAUGGCGCAUGCGCACGCUUCUGGUAUGGAGGUUGUGAAGGUAAUAAUAAUCGAUUCGAAACCGAGGGUGACUGCAAGGCCACCUGCCAAGAGUAUAGCGGCAAAGAGGCUUGUUUCUUGCCCAAAAGCUCAGGACCAUGCACGGGCUACAACAAAAAGUGGUACUUUGAUUCGGAACGCAACCGUUGCGAGGAAUUCAAUUACGGAGGCUGCUAUGGCACCUCGAAUCGAUUCGAUAGUUUGGCCGAAUGUCAGGCACUCUGCGCCAUUGAUGAAACUACACCACCCUGCGACCAACCCAUGGAGGCCGGACCCUGCGAGGGCGACUUUGAGCGUUGGUACUAUGACAACCAGACAGAUGUGUGCCGUCCAUUCCGCUAUGGUGGCUGCAAGGGCAACAAGAACAACUACCCAACCGAACAUGCCUGCAGCUAUCACUGCCGACAGCCGGGCGUACACAAAGAUUAUUGCUCGCUUCCUAAGCAACCCGGUGAUUGCAGUGAACAACACGCGCGCUGGCACUACUCGGAUGCGGACAAGAAGUGCAUGCCCUUCUACUACACAGGUUGUGGAGGCAACAAAAAUAAUUUCCCAUCCCAGGAGUCGUGCGAGGAUCAUUGUCCCAAGGAAGUUGCCAAGGACACUUGCGAGAUACCAGCCGAGGUUGGCGCUUGCACAGAUUAUACCGCCAUGUGGUAUUACGACACCAAGGACGAGCGUUGUCGUCAAUUCUACUACGGCGGUUGCGGCGGUAACGACAACAAGUUCCCCACCGAAGAAGCUUGUCUGCAACGUUGCGAGAAGAAACCUGAGCCCGAACCCGAACCAGAACCAGAACCCGCACCGGCACCAGCGCCCACCUCGAAGGAGGUCUGUCAGUACAGCGCAGAUGCCGGUGACUGCCGUGCCUUCAUACUGCAGUGGUACUAUGAUGGAGAAGCCAAAGCCUGUCGUCAAUUCUACUACGGCGGCUGCGGUGGCAAUGCAAAUCGCUUCAAUUCUCAGGAUGAGUGUAAUCAACUCUGCGCCAUACAAUCUCCCCCUGCUGCGCCUGCUCCUGAGCGCCAGCCAGCGCCACAGCCUGCACCAGCGCCAGUAACUGCGAAUGUUUGUGAAACUGCUUCGGAUCCGGGUGACUGCGAUAACUAUGAAUUGAAAUGGUAUUACGAGAAAGACGAGGGUCGUUGCACACAAUUCUACUAUGGCGGCUGCGGCGGCAAUGAAAACCGUUUUGAGACCGAAGAAGCCUGUAAUGCACGCUGUGUGUCACCACUGCCAGAUGUUAAUGUGCGCUUUGGCGAAGAGGAACCGGUACCAGCGCCGGAGCCAGCGCCAGCACCUGUGCCGGAUUCGCGCGAAGACAGGGGUUGUACACUACAGCCUGAUUAUGGCCGCUGCUCCGACAAUAAUCAGACACGUUGGUACUACAAUUACGCCGACGGGCUGUGUGACGAAUUCGUUUAUGGCGGCUGCGAAGGUAACCAGAAUAACUUUAGGAGUGAGGAAGAAUGUCAGGAUCAAUGCUUUGAGGUGCAAACGACCUGCUCACUGCCACCACUGCCGGGUAGAUGUAACGAACAUAUUGUACGCUGGUACUACGACGAGCGUGAUAAGCGCUGCUACGAAUUCGAGUUCACCGGUUGUCGCGGUAAUAGAAACAACUUCGUUACGGAGUCGGAAUGCCUGCAAUGGUGCGGUAAUGAGACACCUCAACAGCCACAGCCAGGAACAUCGGCGCCGGCCUACUCGGUUUGUGAUCUGCCUGUGGAGCGCGGUGAUUGCGACAACAGCACUGCGGCAUGGUUCUACGAUGGCGAGUCGAUGGCUUGCACAGCCUUCUCGUAUUCGGGAUGUGGCGGCAAUGGAAAUCGCUUCGAAUCGAAGGAGCAAUGCGAUCGCCAGUGCGGCGAUUUCAAGGGAGUCGGAACCGAAAAGACGCCCGAAGCCAGCGAGAGCGAAGUCGAACCCAACCCAUGCGACACCUAUGAGCACGAAUGUCGUGCGCUGCGCUGUCCAUUCGGUUCACGCCGUGUUCCGGUGGAGAAUAGCGAUUGCACGCGCUGCGUUUGCGAGAAUCCUUGCGAGCGUCACGAAUGCCCCGAAGGCCAGCAAUGCGCUGUCGACGUGUCAAGCGAUGCAUCCAGACAAUUCAUGCCCGUCUGCCGCGAAACCAACAAGACCGGCGAGUGCCCACAUCUCAGUCAGCCAGAAGAGGAAAACUGCGGUCGUGAAUGUUACACCGAUGCCGACUGUCGUGAGGACAACAAGUGUUGCAGCAAUGGUUGUGGCUUUGUUUGCGUACGCCCUACGCAGCCAACAUCCCGUCCACGGCCCCCGACCACACCUGCGCCAGCUGUCAUCUACCCAGGUGAUGUAGAGGUUGCACUGGAACCCAAGAAACCGCAAGAGGUGGAUGUGCAGGCCGCCGUUGGCGGAAUCGCUGUGUUGCGUUGCUUCGCUACUGGCAGUCCACCACCGAAUGUUACAUGGUCGCGCAGCAAUGUGCUGAUCGACACCAAUCAAGGACGAUAUGUUCUGACUGCCGCCGGUGAUUUGACGAUUGUGCAGGUACGUCAGACGGACAGCGGCUCGUACGUGUGUGUAGCGUCCAAUGGCCUAGGCGAUCCAGUGAGUCGCGCAGUGCAGCUGGCAGUGACAGAGCCAAAAGAGAUACCCGCUUACGUUUAUGGCGAAAAGAAUGCGACACAAAUUGUUAGCUUGAAUCGACCUGCGCAGGUGCGUUGUCCGGCUGGUGGUCAUCCUGCGCCGCAUGUCAGUUGGUGGCGUAAUCGCAAACGUUUGGGCUUGAUAAGUGAUCGCUUCGAGUUGACGCGCGACUAUUCGCUAAUGUUCCGUUCCAUACAAUUGACGGAUCUCGGUCCGUAUACUUGUGAAGUUUGGAAUGGCUUAGGUCGUCCGACGUCCAUGAAAGUUGUUCUAAAGGCAGUGGGGCCAGCACGCGCCGUGACGAACGAUGAAGCGCCCUAUCUGCAAUAUAUCAUAGAUCCAGCACGCGCGCCAGUCACUCAACGACCCUCAUAUCCAUAUCGCCCACAACGGCCACAGCCACCACCGCCACCAGUGUAUGUCGCACCACCGCGCCGGCCACAAACGAUGACCGCGCAAGCUGUGCUUGCAUUGGAUCCCAGAAACACCUAUAGCCCGGGCGCGUCCAUUGCCAUGCAGUGCUCGGUGCAAGGCUACCCCGCACCGAAUGUGACCUGGACAAAGGACUCGAUACCGCUGCAGGCGAACGAACGCAUACAAAUUACAGUUGAGCCACAUACGCUGGUGAUAAACAAUGCCACACCCGAGGAUACUGGCAUGUAUGGUUGCACGGCGAGAAACUCCGUGAGUUAUAACACCAGCGAAGAGCGCAUCACCAUUGAGUCCACGAUACCGAUCCAUCCGGAUUGCGUAGAUAAUCCAUACUUUGCGAAGUGUGAGCUGAUUGUCAGCGGUCGCUACUGUGGUCAUCGGUACUACGCUAAGUUCUGUUGCCGAUCAUGUACGCUAGCUGGCCAAAUAACGUAUCCACAUCCGAAUGCCGUGUAGAUAGAAGGCUACCUGAGUGAAUAAGCGGUCUAGAGCGUGCUUGAUGCUUUACUCUACGAACAUGCAUUUUUUGGCUGUCUUUUUGGCGACAGCAAAUCAGUUAAAAUUCCAAAAGAAAAAAAUAAAAAUAAUUAACAGUACUAUUAACAUUUAAUCGACGCACAAAUUUAGCAAACUAGUAUUUUCCGCUCUAAAAUUAGGUAUUUAAAAAAAUAAAAAUUACAAAAGUAAAUGAUUUUCACACUUUACACGCACACCUUUAGCUGACUCAGCUCGAUCAAAACGAGCUGCAAGUUUUCAGCUAUCCUCAGCUUAAUCACAUCAACAGCAACAGCUUCUAAGUUUUUCGCUCAUGUGAACACAUACACACACACACACACGCACAAAAAAUGCAAAUACUAAGAAGAAGAAUAGCUUUUAUACAUAUACAACUACAUACAUACAUAAAUUUAUAAAAUAGAAUUUUAGUUUUUAAUUUGUUCCUAUUUAUUGUGUCCGUUUGUCCGGUUCGGAUAAGUCAAACACAUGCAUGCAUACUACAUACCGAAUAACUGUAAAUAUGUGUGCCUAUGUAGAAAUCGAAGGUCACACGCAAGCACACUUACACACACAAACCAAUGUACUAAUACUCAUAUAAAACGAUCAAGAGGGAUUUUACUCAUAGACGAUUUUCUGAGUUACCUUUUUGAAAUUAAUUUUAAUUUAAACGAUAUGUUUUGUAAUUACAAAGUGCCUUACGAUU